AUGUACGACCCAAAAGAAAAUAGCUUUCCUGCUCAAAAAGGGACGCACGAGGCAAAUCUGAUCGCGAGCGUGACACUGCACUUGGCGCCGAGCGCCCGCGGCUCAGACCUUGUGCAGGCCUACCCUCGGUGGGAGCACCGGUCCGGACCGAUGGCGCUCGCCAGCCUCUUCCUCCUCCUCAAGGACUGCGCCCCCCAAAAACUUCUGCCUGUGAAGCAGAAGAAGGUCCUCGUCCUCAACAUCAAAAAGGUCACCGUCGCACUCCGCCUCGCUGCCAAAGAGCUCUCGAUCGGCAGCGUCGAGGGCUGCCAGCUCGCUCCCAUCGAGAUCGCCCGACGGGCGGCCGAUCGCGAUCCGUUCUUCCAGCUGGUCGAGAUUCAUCGCGCCGUCGUCGACGAAAUCAGUCGCCCGCCUGGAGCUCACACGCUCCACAUCCGCCGCGAGAAGACUCAUCACAGCAUUGUACACGGCGCAAAGACGAUUGAGCUCAGGCGCGCGGACGGCGCGUUUGCAAGCAUCCGCGCGGGCGACACUGUCACGUUCACUCACACCUCGCGCGAGGUGAAGACGACUGUGACGCGCGUCGAGCACGCCGAGUCCCUCGAGCAGCGGAUCCACAGCUGGCGGCGCGCAGCUGUCCCAACAGCCCACACCGAUAACGAGGCCAUCUCGUACGUCGCGGAGGUCCUCAGCCCGCGCGUACCUGUCCUCGCAAUUCACUUCAUCACCGCCGAGAACGCGUUCCGAGCUGCAGUCAUGCACCACCUGCAGCAGAACUUUGCAAACGCAGACGCCGUGACUUCUGAGGCGUUCACGGCGACCCGCGCCGGGGGAUGCAAGUAUGCCCUGCUCGCAAUCCUCAGCAGCAGACGGGGGCGGAUUCUACACAGCGCGACGAAUUGCUGCACCGGCACUUCCAGCGCCGGGGGGCACGCAGAACGCCAGGUGCUGGACGGCUACCUGGAGUCUGACCGCAGACUACCACGCGCGUGCGUUCGCAAUCUCACGCUCACGGUGCUGAGAUUCGAUGCAAAGGGAUCGCUUGCAAUGGCUCGGCCGUGCGCCGAGUGCUGCAAGCGCAUCCGCCGUGCUGCGGCGCACGUAAAGCGCGUGCGCUGGUCGACUGGGUGUGGAGAGGACGUCGAGUGUUGCAACAGCAAGUGUAUCGAGGGAACCCCGACCCGAUGGAUGCAGCAGCAUAUGUCGGGGCACACGCCGAAUGGACCCUCGGUGAAGUGAUAUCUCCUCCGUGCCGUGUGUGCCCCACACAAUUCUGAUAUCGAACGGCAUGUGAAAAGUGUAGCUGGGGGGGGGCGCGGGCGUGCAACCGGAACCGCCCGGACAUGUGCGUCCGAGAUGGGUGCCGGAUAGUGGAUUGGGGGUCUGCGUCUGGGGGCGGUUGCCCCCCUAGUAGAGGUGUCCGUUUUAUUUAUUUAUUUAAGCAUUCUACAUGAAA